AUGCGGGAAGUGGUGACGCUUCAGUUCGGCAGCUACGCCAACUUCGUCGGCGCUCACUUCUGGAACCUGCAGGAUGAGGCGGUGGGGCGGCAGGGCGAGGGGGGCGCGGAGCAGCGGGGGGCGGGCGUGGAGGAGGGCGUGGUGAUGCAGUGGCGCGAGACGCCAGGGCCUGCCGCCACGCCAUACUGCACGCCGCGCCUGCUCGCCAUCGACUAUAAAGGCUGCCUUGGCCCCGUCUCCCUCCAAUCGCCACUUGGGCCCGUCACCCCUGCAGCACCGUCUGCCCUGCCCACAUGGUCUGGCCCGUCCCAUGUCUCAUCGGCCGCGCCUCUCCCCCUCAACCCCUUCCUGCGCCGCCUGCUGCACCCGCCCCCACCCGCUGCUCACACCGCCUCCUCUGCACCUGGCUCCCAGGCUAGGGGGGAGGAUUGGCACGGGGCUGCAGGCAGGCACGGUGGGAGGGACACGGCAGAGGAGGCGGAGGGGGAGGCGGAAAGGGGGGAAGACGACGAGGAGGGGGAGGUGGCGCGGGGGUUGGAGGGCGGAGUGGGGUACUGGACGGAGUACCUUAAAGCCCACGUGCGUCCCGCCAGUGUGCUGCAGGUGCCGGGCGGGUGGUGGCAGGGCGCGCUCUCCCCCCUGGACGCGGGGGGGUAUGGCGACUGGCGCGAGGUGGGGGGCGGGCGGGAGGGCGAGGAGGAGGUGGAGGAGGGCGUGAGGCGGGUGGCAGAGGAGUGUGACGCACUGCAGGGCUUCUCGCUGCUGCUGCACGCCGCCUCGCCCUUUGCAUCCCUCGCCACGCGCACAGCCCUGCACCUGGCGGCGGAGUUCCCAAGGGCGCCCAAGCUGCUCUUCUCCCUGCGGCCCCCCGACGCCCUGCUCCCGCCCGCCACCCUCGCCCCUGGCCCUCAUGCCCUGCCCGGCACGCCCUCACUGCACGACCUCUCCUCUGCCGUCUCCCUCGCCUCGCUGCUGCCCCUCACCUCCCUCAUCCUGCCCCUCGGCCUGCCCUCCCUCUCCGCCGUGCUGCCCCACGUGCACCCCAGCGACACCUCUCUCUUCCACUCCUCCGCUCUGCUCGCCACUGCCAUCGACGCCCUCUCCACGCCCUUCCGCCUCGCCCCGCGCGCCCCCUCCUGCGCCUCCUCCCCCGUGGGCGCCGUGUCCCUGAGGGACCUCUGCUCGCUGCUCUCCCUCUCCUCGCCACAUGGCAGCCUCGCAUUCGCCUCCUUGGCCCUGCCAGCUCAGCCGCUGCACGAGGCAGGGGAGCAGGAGGCGGCGAGUGGAAGCCCGCCAUGUGGCAUGGCUGUGCUGACCAAAUACGGCCUCAUCCUGCCGCCCUCCCGUCGCCCUGGCAGCCAUGUUGCUUCCCUGGCAGGCGGGGCAGCAGCAGCAGCAGCACCAGCAACUACAGCAGCGGUGGGGGGAGGUGGGAGUGCGGUGGGAAUGGGUCCAGAUGUGGAGUGGGCGCCGGUGGUGGCGCGCGCAGCAGCGGGGCGGGGUGGGGCGCGGCAUGCGGAGGUGCUUGCUGGUGCUCUGGAGUGGGUGGGGGGGCCUCGAGGGGGGGCGGGCAGGCAGGUGGUGGCGGCGUGGGGGGUGGAGGGCGAGGAGGUGCAUGAGAUGAGGGAGCGCGUGUUGGAUGUGUGUGCGCGGUUGAGGGGGGAGAGCUAUGCGGAUGACAGUGACUGA